AUGUCCGUUUCAGGAAUAUAUGAAUCGAUGAAGGAGUUACUUGAAUGCGCCAAACUGGAUAGUUCGUUUACUGAGAAGAUAUUUCAGUCAGUGAAAUUCGAUUGUCCAUUAUUAUCUGAAGAGUACAAAUUGAUUGAAGUACCGAAUUGGUUAGCUAGUGAGUUGACGAAUGGAGGAGAAAACAGUGUUAUAACUUUGAAGGAUGAACCUAAGCCUAACAACACAGGACAUGUCUUCGCUUGUACAAGUGACAAGACUUUUUCGGUUAUAGAAGCAGAAACUUCGAAUACACUUCUUUUAGCCUCUAAAUGGUGGCUACCUUCAACUGACUGUCCUCAAGAAAACUUGGUCUUCGUUACGCCAAUUCAGGCUAUAAAAAAAACUAUUUUGAAUUUCAGCGGUGUUCGGCUCCUUCUUUGA